AUGUCCUUCCCUGUGGAUACGUUGAAUGGCUAUAGUCAUGAGGACUUGGAGAGCUCAGCAGAGAAAUACUUGGCUGACCUACAGUGUAGGAAUCCAAACCAUCAUGAAUUCUUUUCUCUGCCAGACCGCAGGAAGAUUCCUAUUAGAUUGUCAACUGUGGGCUUCGUUCCUCUUUAUGGUGAAGAACAGACACACAAAAUUCUUGCUUUGUUUGCACCAGGAGACUUGCUCACAGCUGUAGCCCUGUAUCUUGCUGGCCAGUGGUGGUCAAUUGAUGACAUUUUGAGAACAUCUAUCCCUGCUAGACAGGGGCUUCAUCAGGUGAAGACUCUUGGAGAGAGGGUUGUUCUUUAUGUUCUGAAUCGAAUUAUCUAUCGGACGCAAGAAAUGGAAAGACAUGAGGUCCCAUUUCUCUGUCAUGGUAGCAAUGACUAUGCUAAGAUCAUGUGGGAAAAAGGAGAGGCUAUUGGGUUCUAUUCUGUUAAACCUACAGGUAAAACACUCGAACCUUAUCACCAUAGUUAUAAGCUGCCAGUGCUGGACACAGUGUUUGUAAGGAAAAAACAUCGUGAGAAGGACUCUGGGCUAAUCAUAUUGGAAGACUUUGUGAAAUCCUUUACUGAAGAAGCUCUUGGCCUGCGAUACCCACUGUCAUUCUUCAUGUACACAGCUUGUAAGCAAUAUCUUGAGAAGUAUGCUGUGGAUUGUAAACGUCUGUGGGAAGUGCAGGCACCAGGAUAUUGGUUCCAGAGAACAAAUGUUAUGGCUAUGUUGCAAAAGGAAAAGCUCAAAAUUGCAGCAGAGGCCUUGCAGAACAAAAAGACUUUUGAAACAGAGGAUCAUUUUUCGCAGUCUACAGCAGUAUCUGAAGCAAGUGAAGAGGAGACUCAGCUAAAAACACAGCCAAGUGCUGACUCUCAAAAAGGUAAAGAAUCAUUAGAUGUCCGUGCAAGCACAUCUAAAGACCCUAACACGACUUCUGCUUCUGUUUGGACACGAAGCAGUCACUUAAAACGCCCCAGGAUAAGAAAAAAUACCCCAGAAUCUCGAUCAGAAACUUCCCAAGGAGUUGAGGAAAAUGCUCUUCAUGUGUCAGAAAGCAGGCUGGAACUUCCUGCCCACACACCUGAAAGCUCUAAAGACCUAGUAGAAGUACCUGAGGAGAAUACUAUGGAGAAGGAUGAGGAUAUGAUUGUUGAAGAUGAAGGCCAGUCCGUAUUGGAAGCAGAGCUACAUGUAUCACCCCCUGAGAAACAGAGUGAGAAGGAGGAAACUCCAUCAGAACCUCUUAAUGGUGAGGUAACAGAAGAAACUGGUAAAACCUCACUUACAGCUGAAGAGGAAACAGCAAAUGAAGUUGUAAGUGGUGAAUUAAAAUUGCAGUCUGAGAGUCAAGGAGAAGAGCCCUUAACACUGUUUGUUCCGUUAAUCCUUGAGCCUCCAGCAAAACCUUCAGAAGACACUGUAUCAGAGAAAGUUUUAAAUGCAAAUGAUUCAGAAGUGCUGACUGAAGAAAGUACAUUAGUAAAGGAGGGGGGCACUGAAGAAGAGCAAGAAUCUGACAUCACUGAAAAUGCAGCUGCUUCAGCAUCUAAGGAAGAGCCCUCUGACAAUGGCCUGCCCAACUCUGUGGUAAAUGAAGCAGCAGAAGAAUCUGUUUCUGAAAACGUAUCACCCAAAACAGCUUCCUCAUUGGAAGACCAAAAUGAGGAAGCAGGGCACAACUCACAGGAGGCUCCUGUUACCUUGAGUCAGAGCUCUUUGAUAGUGGUUGAACUUGAGGGUGUUUCUUUUCAGCAGCCUUCUGGACAGGAAGGACAGAAGAACCAGUUGGAAGAGCAGUCAGAAGAAUCUGCUGAGCAAAUAGAUCAGUACGUGCAGACGGUAGUGGAGCGGGCUGCUGACAGCAGCUCUGAGGAAGCAGAAAUUGAGGUACCCAUUGUAGACCGGAGAAACUUGCGAAGAAAGGCCAAGGGCUACAAAGGUCCACCCAAGAAAAAAGGAAAGCCAGCUUAA